AUGAAAAUAAUAGCAGGUCGGUUUUCUCGUGCCAUGUUAAACAGUUGCUUGACUAACCGUUCACUUUCACCCAUCCACUUUGAAACUAGAUCAGACGACGACACAGAAAAAAACGUCGAAUUAGCCUCAGUGGCUACUGCCUUGGCAAGAAACGAUUUUCCUGUUCCUGGAGGUCCAUACAAUAGAAUACCUGAUGUGGGUUUCCGUUUUCCUGUAAACAAAUGUGGGAAUUUCACAGGCAGAAUCACAGCUUCUUUAAGUGCUUCCUUGGCUCCUUCUAAACCGGCGAUAUCCUCCCACCGAACAUUAGGCUUUUCUGAAAGAAUGGCUCCUUGA